CUGAUCAUGUGGCUUCUCUGUCUCUGCUCUGUGAGGGUUUCUUUUUUGUGAUCACUCCACCUGCAUGUAUGUCCGGUUAAAGUUGUAUUCAGCCCCAUUGCUAUAGAAACGGCUUGAAGAUGAGGCUGUCGAUGGAAACGUUGGGUCUCAUGUUACUGUGGGCCUGCCUGGACUCUGUGACCUCGCGGAGCUGCUCGUCCUUCUUCUGCAGGAAAUCUCACCGCGUCAGCAGCCUGGCCGGGGUCGACCCUGGCUCUCCUCUCUUUCUAACGCCUUACGUGGAGAAGGGCGCUAUAGAGGAAGCCAGGAAACUGAGUCUGGUGGGAGAUCUACCUGGAGCAAACGUCAAGAGUUAUGCUGGAUACCUCACAGUCAACAAAAAGUACAACAGCAAUCUCUUCUUCUGGUUCUUCCCUGCACUCCUGGCAAACGCAGACACAGCUCCAGUCCUGCUCUGGCUGCAAGGAGGACCUGGUGGCACCUCAAUGUUUGGUCUUUUUGUGGAACACGGACCUUAUGUGGUGUACCAGAACUUAACCGUCGGUUUAAGAGAUUACGCUUGGACAACCAGAUACUCUGUUUUGUACAUUGACAAUCCGGUUGGAACGGGUUUCAGCUUCACCGAGGAUGAAAGAGGUUUUGCUCAGAGCCAGGAUGAUGUUGGCAGAGAUCUGUACAGCGCUUUAACGCAGUUCUUCCAGCUCUUUCCUGAGUAUCAGUCCAAUGAGUUUUAUGCCACAGGAGAGUCGUACGCAGGGAAGUAUGUUCCCGCCGUUUCCUACUACAUCCACAAAAACAACCCCACUGCCAAAGUGAAAAUCAACUUUAAGGGGAUGGCCAUUGGUGACGGGCUCUGUGACCCAGAACUGAUGCUGGGUGGUUAUGGGGAGUUCCUGUAUCAGACAGGAAUGAUAGAUGAAUUUCAAAAACAGUAUGUGGAGAAGCAGACAGACUUAGGUGUUGAACUCAUCCAGAAGCAGCAGUGGGUGGAGGCCUUUGAGGUUUUUGACAGCUUGUUGAAUGGUGACGUGAACCCAUAUCCCUCCUUCUUUCAAAAUGCUACAGGUUGCACCAACUACUACAACUACAUGACAUGUCAGGAACCUGAAGACCAGGAGUACUUCUCCCGGUUCGUGACCCUGCCAGGGGUGAGACGUGCCAUCCAUGUGGGCAAUCUAACGUUCCACGACGGCUCAGAGGUGGAGAAGCACCUCGUACAGGAUGUCAUGAAGAGCAUCAAACCAUGGCUGGGGGUGCUGAUGGAGAACUACAGGGUCUUGAUCUACAGCGGUCAGCUGGAUGUAAUCGUGGCGGCUCCUUUGACUGAGAGGUUCCUGCCGACAGUCAACUGGACCGGGGCUGCAGAGUACAAAACCGCCACUCGCUUCCACUGGAAGGUACAGCCAACCGACACAGAAGUGGCAGGUUAUGUCAGACAAGUUGGAGAGUUUUACCAGGUCAUAAUCCGAGGAGGAGGCCACAUUCUGCCUUACGACCAGCCAGCAAGGUCCUUUGAUAUGAUUGACAGAUUCUUGUCAACAAAGGGCUGGAUAUGAGAGGAGUAUUUGCCUCACAGGGAGUAUUAAUUGUUGACUGUUGAUCUGAAAGACUGUUAACUAUCACAGCUGCUAUAAACAACAGAUAAGUUGUACAUAUAAUAAAGUGUUUCUCAAUUCCAGUACUCAGGUCCUCCUGUCCUGCAUGUUUUAGAUGUUGACUUGCAUCAAGACACCUGAUUCUAGCCCUCAUUAGCUUGUCAUUAUGGUCUGCACAACUUAUUACACAAAUUAUUACAGAAUUAUGUCAUAAUUGUUGGGGGGUCUUGUUCUGGGUCUCUGGAAAGUGCCUAGAGACAACUUCUGUUGUAAUACACACUAUAGAAAUAAAGUUGAAUUUAAUUGAACUCUCCCUAUAUAAGCUUUCAAUAGCUUUUUCAGAGACCUGAUUUACACACUGGUAACGUGUGUGUGUUAAAUUUAUACUAAAAAACAUAAACUCUGUUGAUGACACAGCUGCUUGUAUCACGGUGUGAAGCACGGUAGCAUCUAAAACAUGCAGGACAGAAUUAAGAAACACUGAUGCAACGUAAAAUAAUUGUUUCUUUUUUUUAGCAGAAGAACCAUUUGAUCUGAUAUUUUGAUCUGCUUUCUCAUGCAAUGCAAAUGAUUUACUUGAAGUUGUCACAGCCUGGAUGUAGUUUUUUUUUUUUUUUUUUUUUUUCCAAAUGUGUGGGGAGUUUUUUUAAUGUUUUGCCACCAGCAUAAAAAAAAUAGGGGUUGUGUUAUUAAUCGGAACACACUUGGAGGGACAAAUGCAGAAACAUACAAGUGUUGAGCUUUGACUGCUGAAAUGAUUGAAAAUAAAGAUGCCUUCCAUAUCA